AGUAAAAGUCAUCUGCCGCGAGUUUUGUUACCGCGCGAGUCCUGUGUGUGGCUCCGGGUGAGGCUGGGAGCUGCUGCGGUGAUUAUAAGUGGGUCGCGUGUCUGUGCUCUACAGUGCCAUUGCAGAAUUGCGCUGGGGAUAAGGAAAGCCUGUGAUGAGGAACUAAGGGAUAAGACAGAAGAAGACAAUCAGCCCUCGUGGUGCUUAUCGCAGAUGACGUUAAUCAGAGGAGAGCUGAUUAUCUAUGGGGACUGCAUAGAUAUGCCCAGUUCAGUCUUGGCCAUGUUGAAGAUUUAGACAGUAUUUGCUUGAGGGUGUGAUGGAGAAGAAGGUUCAUUGUAGAUAUGAGGAAGAGAACAGCCAAACAGCCAGAGGCAUUUGAAAGAGUUCAAGGUGGACAUAAUCAGCAGACUGAGCCGGACUCUGUGAGCAUUUGAAAACCUUUGGGCUAUCUGAUGAUGGCGUCGAGAAAAGUCUGGAGUAUGGGAAAGAGCUUCCUCUUUGGUUCAAGAGGUUGGAUGAUCCAAUAUUCAGCAGAAAUUUUUCUCAAGUCGGUUUCAUUUCGGCCUUGUAGUGGGAAAUGUGACAGUGAAGACAGGGAACCUUCGGAGAAUGAGGACCUGCUGAACAACUUGCUCACCAUGGGAGUUGAUAUUGACUUGGCAAGGAGACGGCAGCCUGGAGUUUUCAACAGAGUGGUUACGAACGAGCAGGAGCUGAGGACAUUCCUUCUCUCCAAAGGAGCGAGUGACAAAGUGAUUGGUAGCAUCAUCUCAAGGUACCCACGAGCCAUAACACGCACUCCCGAAGGUCUUUCAAAGCGGUGGGAGCUGUGGAGGAAGAUUAUGGCAUCAGACCUUGAAAUUGUAAAUAUUUUGGAGCGUUCUCCUGAAUCCUUUUUUCGGUCUAAUAACAACCUAAACUUAGAGAAUAAUAUAAAGUUCCUCUGCUCUGUUGGAUUGACCAAUAAAUGUCUCUGCCGACUGUUGACCAGGGCUCCUAGAACCUUCUCCAAUAGCCUGAAUUUGAAUAAACAAAUGGUUGAAUUUUUGCAGGAGACAGGUGCAUCCUUAGGUCACAACGAUCCCACAGAUUUUGUCAGGAAGAUAAUUUCUAAAAAUCCUUCCAUCUUAAUUCAGAGCACGAAACGGGUGAAAGCUAACAUUGAAUUUUUGCAGUCAACUUUCAACUUAAACACAGAGGAUCUGCUGCUUCUGAUAUGUGGCCCAGGAGCUGGAAUCCUAGAUCUUUCCAACGACUGUACCAAAAGAAACUAUGCAAAUAUCCAAGAGAAGCUGCUCUCUCUCGGAUGCACUGACGAGGAAGUACAGAAGUUUGUCCUAAGCUAUCUUAACAUGGUCUUCUUAUCAGAGAAAAAGUUUAAUGAUAAAAUAGACUGUCUAAUAGAAGAAAAAAUCAGCAUUUCACAAAUAAUUGAAAACCCUAGGGUUUUGGAUGCAAGCAUAAAUACAUUAAGAACUCGAAUCAAAGAGUUGGUACAUGCUGGGUAUGAUUUGAGUUCAUCAAACAUUGCUCUCCUGUCCUGGAGUCAGAAAAGAUAUAAAGCUAAAUUGAGAAGAUUAAAUGGGUAGGGCAGUGCUGGAGCUGUCUCAAGAAAUCGUUGCAGUCUAGUGUUAUUUCAAAAAGCAAACGUUUUAUUUUUAAAAAUAUUUUAAAAAUGUCUAAGAUUGCAUUUAUUUGUAUAUGUGUUUUGUGUGUAUAUAUUUUUUAGGGUGUUCACGUGCGUAUGCAAAUGCUCACGUGUGUGUGCAUGCCAUGGCUUGUGGACAUUGAGGACACAUUUUAGGAGUUGGGCCUCCGUCAUCAGGCUUCAAGGCAAAGUGUUUUACCCACUGAGCCAUCUUACUGGCCCACGAGUUUUGAUUUUCACCACAGACAUGCUAUAGUGAUUCUGUGGAUACUUUGUUUAUAGGUCAUAAGAACUCAUAGUUAGUAUGCUCAGAUAUGGUCCUUCCAGCUACUUCUUCCUAGUUUAAGUUGAUGUAACAGUCUAUAUGUGGUGUGGGCUGUGGCUGCUAUGGAGCAGUAGUUCUGAAUUCUACAUUAGGACAAUGUCUUUGCUUUCACAGUUUCUGUUCAGCUUUUAACAGUCAGCAGGUUUGGGGCUAUAGCUUAGUGGGCGAAAGCUUUCUCAGUACGUGGAAGGACCUUGAUCAGAUGUCCAACACAGGAAAAAGAAAUUGAUGCUUUUACAUGCAUUAGUUCUGUUUAUUCUCAUUGUUUUCAAUUCCAAGAGUUUCUUUUAUUUCAUUAUAGCUGAUGUGUAAUGCCUAGAAAAAUAGUAAAAUAUGAGUUUCCAUCAUUUACAUUUUUUUUCAUUUGAACAACUUUCCCAUGACAAAAUUAACUAGGGGUUGUGUUUGAUUUCUUUUAUACAGGGAUAAUUUAGAAAGUAGAAUAAUGGCUCCCCAAAGAUGUUAAUACCUUAGUUGCCAGAAGCUGAGGAUAUAGUACAUUGCAGAUGUACUAAAUUAAAAUGUAGUUAAGAAUCUCCGCACUUGGAAGAUGGAGGCAGGAGGACUGUGAAUUUGAGACAAGCCUGGUUUAUAACCUUGAGACUGUCUCAAAAAUGCUUAGGUGAAAAGUUUUAAGAAGGGGAGAUGAUCCUCAAUUAUUUGGAUGGUCAUUAGGUCAUUUAAUCAAAGGCCAUUAAAAAUGGAAGAAGGCUGUAAAGAUGUCAGAGGAUGCAGUAUUUGUCUGCUGUUUUUGGCUUUUAUAGAGGAAGAGCCGUAGGUAAGGAAUGUAGGCGCCUCAGGCAGAAGUACAUUCUCCUUUAGGGGUGGGCCUGUUGGCGUGUUGAGAUUAGCUCAGGGGACCAGUAUCCAGCCCUGUUCUAUAGCACCACAAGAAUAAAUUUGUAUCGUUUGAAGAUUGUACCUGGCUAGCAGAAAUUGUGUAGCAAUUUUGGUUGUAAGUGCCAGGAGUUAUACAGGAUGGACAGAAAUAUAAUAUACAAUCAUUGGGCACUAAAGAUGUGGUUGGCAGGCAUAUGGAUAAUGACUGUCUGUUGAAGGGAGUUGUGGGCUGCGUUCCUGGCUGCCUGGCUAGCUUAUGCCCCAAAAUAACAACACACAAAUUGUAUUCUUUUAAAUACUGUGUGGCUCAUUAGUUCUAGCCUCUUACUGGCUAAUUCUCACAUCUUGAUUAACCCAAGUCGUGGUGGCUUACCAGGAAGAUUCUAGCCUACGUCCAUGUUGGGCCGGAGCUUCAUUGCGUCUGCCCUGGAGAGGAGCAGCAUGGCAUCCGCCUAACUUCCCUUCUUCCCAGCAUUCUGUUCUGUUUACUCCACCCACCUAUGUUCUAACCUAUCAGGCCAAGCAGUUUCUUUAUUAAUUAACCAAUGAAAUCAACAGAUUGAUACAUGACACUCCCACAUCAACUGUCCAGCCAGAACUAACUUUUCAAAUAAUAGGGUUUGAAUGCAGUUGAAGUAGAACCUUUUAAACAAAGCUUUAAAUCAGAUAAGACCUUAUGUAGAGGCACACAGACCACAGAGCUAGGCACAUAGGCCCAUAAACAAAAAUAGGUUGCUGAUGAAGGCUUGAGCCAAUCCCCCCUCCCUUUCUCUCUUCUCCCCUCCCCCCCUUUCCCAUGAUCCCAUGCUCCCAAUUUACUCAGGAGACCUUGUCUUUUUUUACUUCCCACGUACAAAAGAUCCAUAAAUGUCAGUGAAAGCCAGUUCUUAAAAACAAACAAGAGCAAUACAAACAAAUUCCAAAACAAAUUCCAAAAUAUUUUCUGUUGUUGUAAGUGAAAGGAGCAUUCGUAUUUUCAGUGGAUGUGCAGGAGGGUGGGCAGGAAGUUAAAUUACAAGAAAGAAAAGCCUUGAUACUGUCUUCUAGAGAGAAGACACGUUUUGGUCACUCUUCCUGUUGCUUUUUUUUUAUACCACAUCCAUGCAAGCAUAUAUUAAUUGGGUGUAGUACCUUGGGAAAGUACCUUGAUCGUUGAUGGUGAUACUGGAUAUUCAGAAUGUAGGUGGGAGAAUUAUUAUUCCAUAUUACAACUUUGUAGUGAACGCAAAGCAUGCAUGCACAUAGAUUGAUUAGUCUUUACACAACACUGCAUUAAGAAAAAUGUAUUUAUUUGAUUAAUAAUGAUGCGGAAAGAGUAGGAUUGCACAGUGAAUCUUUUAUCUCUGUACCAAAUUACUUACAGUCCUUGCUAAAAUAUGGUUUAAAUCAGAACCAAAAUCUUGCAUGUAUUUCGCAUUUUUUCUUCCCUUCUUACAUAGCUAAGCUUUGUGAAUUUUAAAGAAAAACAAGUGAAAACAGAUGGGUCAGCCACAUUUUUAAAGAUUGGAAGAAUUCAGAGGCAUGCACAUCUUUUGAUAAUAAUUAAAAUGAGCAGGAAGAUACGCAUGGGGGCUAGAGAGAUAGCUCAGUACUUAGGAGUACUUGCUGCUCUUGAGACCUGGAUUUGGUUCCCAGCACCCACAUCAGGCAGCUCACAACCCUCUUUAACUUUAGCUCUAGGGGAUCUGAUAGCCUUCCGGCCUCUCUGGGUACCUGUGUGCAUGUGUGCACAUAUACACAUUAGAUAAGUAAAAAAUACAAAUGGCUUGCUGAUGAUAUUCUAUUGGCAAUUGUUUUCUCCCAUUAUCAAAACUAGUCCUGUCACAGCUCAGUGUCUCAAAGGUUCCUGAGGCAAUAUGGGAUAAACAGGGACAAUCUUGAAGAUCCUCAGUGCAGAGGUUUGUUGGCCUUUACCACACCUGUCUCUAAGCCAUGAGAUAGUCAGUCAGACUCAGGCCUCUGCUCUUCCUGGUACUGGAGAUAUAGCCAAGAACCAAUGGUUAGGGAACUCGUAGGUCCUAGGGGAUGGAUGAUAUCAAACUGCUCCUUAAAUAUACACCUGUGCCCACAGAUUAGUGCCCAGCUCUAAUUAAUCUCAGCUCUCAUCAGAGAAACUCCUUUGUGCAGUGCAGGGUCAUUAAUGCGGAAAUGCACAGCUAGUCUGUGGAGUGCUCAGCCAUUACUAUAACACACACCUUUCCUCAAACUCAGAGUAUUUUGAAGAGGUGGUUGAAAGAUUUUAAGAACCAGAAGUUGGGGCAGGCUUGGGCUAAACAAUAUAUUCUGGACAUGAAAAUGUCAUUGUGCCCAUGAGUACACAGCAGUUCUGGCUGUCUGCACAAGACCUGCACUAGAUCAAGUCAGGCAGCAUUCCAGCUCAGAGGGCAAACCGUGCACGAAAGUCUUCA